AGCCUGGCCGCGGCCCGGGGCGGCCCGAGCCCGCCGGGAAACAUGUCGACGGGGGAAGGCUUCGAGCCCCGCUUGGAGAAGAUUGAUGCGAUGCUGAGGAGCCCCCGCUCCGAGGUCAACGUGGACUGUCUGCUGGAUGGAUUAGAUGCCUUGGUAUAUGAUUUGGAUUUUCCUGCCUUAAGAAAAAACAAAAAUAUUGACAACUUCUUAAACAGAUAUAAAGACACAGUAAAUAAAAUGAGAGAUUUGCGUAUGAAAGCUGAAGAUUAUGAAGUGGUGAAGGUGAUUGGUAGAGGUGCAUUUGGGGAAGUUCAACUGGUAAGGCAUAAAUCUUCAAGGAAGGUGUAUGCUAUGAAGCUCCUGAGCAAGUUUGAGAUGAUAAAAAGAUCAGAUUCUGCAUUCUUCUGGGAGGAAAGGGAUAUUAUGGCUUUUACUAAUAGCCCCUGGGUUGUUCAGUUAUUUUAUGCAUUCCAAGAUGACCAUUACCUGUACAUGGUGAUGGAAUACAUGCCUGGUGGGGACCUUGUGAAUUUAAUGAGCAACUAUGAUGUUCCUGAGAAGUGGGCAAGAUUUUAUACGGCAGAAGUUGUUCUUGCGUUGGACGCCAUUCAUUCUAUGGGCUUUAUUCACAGAGAUGUGAAGCCUGAUAACAUGCUGCUAGAUAAGGCUGGUCAUUUAAAACUAGCAGAUUUUGGUACUUGUAUGAAGAUGAACAAGGAAGGUAUGGUACGAUGUGAUACAGCUGUUGGAACACCGGAUUACAUUUCCCCUGAAGUAUUGAAAUCCCAGGGUGGUGAUGGUUACUAUGGACGAGAAUGCGACUGGUGGUCAGUUGGAGUUUUUUUGUAUGAAAUGCUUGUAGGUGAUACACCUUUUUAUGCAGAUUCUUUAGUUGGAACAUAUAGUAAAAUUAUGAACCAUAAGAACUCUCUGACUUUCCCUGAUGAUAAUGAGAUUUCUAAAGAGGCAAAAAACCUGAUUUGUGCCUUCUUAACUGACAGGGAAGUGAGGCUGGGACGAAAUGGCGUAGAAGAAAUUAAAAGACACCUCUUCUUCAAAAAUGAUCAGUGGGCUUGGGAAACUCUUAGAGACACUGUUGCACCAGUUGUGCCUGAUUUAAGUAGUGACAUUGACACUAGUAACUUUGAUGAUUUGGAAGAAGACAAGGGAGAGGAAGAAACAUUCCCUAUACCAAAAGCAUUUGUUGGCAACCAGCUACCUUUUGUAGGAUUUACAUACUACAACAAUCGCCAGUAUUUGUCUGUCUCUGAAGAGAAUUCCAAUGAUAACAGGGCAAGCUCCAAUAUGGAUAAAAGUGUGCUGGAAAACAUGCAGAAAACAAUCUAUGAGUUGGAAGAGCAGCUACAUAAUGAAAUGCAGUUAAAAGAUGAAAUGGAGCAAAAGUGCAGAACUUCAAACAUAAAACUAGAUAAGAUAAUGAAGGAACUUGAUGAAGAGGGAAAUCAAAGAAAAAACUUAGAAUCAACAGUAUCGCAGAUUGAGAAGGAAAAGAUUCUGUUGCAACAUAAAAUAAAUGAAUACCAAAGAAAAACUGAACAAGAGAAUGAAAAAAGACGCAAUUUAGAAAACGAAGUGUCCACAUUAAAAGAACAGUUAGAAGACCUGAAAAAACUUAGUCAGCAUUCACAUAUUACAAAUGAGAAGAUAACACAAUUACAGAAGCAACUAGAAGAAGCAAAUGAUUUGCUAAGGACAGAAUCGGAUACAGCAGUAAGACUGAGAAAGAACCAUACAGAAAUGAGCAAGUCUAUAAGCCAAUUAGAAUCACUAAACAGAGAACUACAGGAGAGGUGCCGUGUUUUGGAGAGCACAAAAUUGCAAGUGGAGAAGGAUUAUUAUCAACUACAAGCGGCUUUGGAAGCAGAACGAAGGGACCGAAAUCAUGGCUCUGAAAGGAUAGGAGAGCUACAAGCUCGGAUUACAUCUUUACAAGAAGAGGUCAAGCAUCUUAAAAAUAAUCUUGAAAAAGUGGAAGCAGAAAGAAAACAGGCACAGGAUAUGCUUAAUAAUUCUGAAAAGGAAAAAAAUAACCUGGAAAUAGAUUUAAACUACAAGCUCAAAACAUUACAAGAACGGUUAGACCAGGAGGUAAAUGAGCAUAAAGUGACUAAAGCACGGUUAACUGACAAACAUCAAUCAAUUGAAGAGGCAAAAUCAGUUGCGAUGUGUGAAAUGGAAAAAAAAGUUAAGGAAGAGAGGGCCGCAAGAGAGAAGGCAGAGAAUCGAAUAGUUCAGAUUGAAAAACAAUGUUCCAUGCUGGACUUUGACCUGAAGCAGUCUCAGCAGAAGCUGGAACAUCUUAUUGAACAAAAGGAAAGGCUAGAGGAUGAAGUUAAGAAUCUAACACUUCAGCUGGAGCAAGAGACAAAUAAACGAAUUCUGGCACAAAAUGACUUGAAGGUUCAAGCUUCUGAGGCAGACAACUUGAAGAGUUCUGAGAAGCAGCUGAAACAGGAGAUAAAUACAUUGAUGGAAACGAAGAGAUUAUUGGAAUUUGAGUUGGCUCAACUGGCUAAGCAAUAUAGAGGAAAUGAAGGUCAGAUGCGGGAACUUCAGGAUCAACUUGAAGCUGAACAGUAUUUUUCAACACUUUACAAAACUCAGGUUAAGGAGCUAAAAGAAGAAAUUGAGGAAAAGAAUAAAGAAACUCAAAGGAAAAUACAGGAAUUGCAAAAUGAAAAAGAAACUCUGGCUGCACAGUUGGAUCUGGCUGAAACCAAAGCUGAGUCAGAACAGCUGGCUCGAGCUCUCUUGGAAGAACAGUAUUUUGAACUUACUCAGGAGAGCAAGAAAGCAGCAUCAAGAAAUAGACAAGAAAUUAUUGAUAAGGAUGGCAUAAUAAGUCAGCUGGAAGAAACAAAUAAUACAUUAACCAAAGAUGUUGAGUUUCUAACAAAAGAAAAUACAGAGGUAAAUGAAAAAAUCAAGAAGCAGGAAGAAGAGUUUAAACUGAAGAAAGAAGAGGAAAUCAGUAAUAUUAAAGUGCAGUAUGAGAAGAAUCUUAACACUGAAAGAACUCUUAAAACACAGGCUGUCAACAAGUUGGCUGAAAUAAUGAAUCGGAAAGAUUUUAAAAUAGAUAGAAAAAAAGCUAACAUGCAAGAUUUGAGGAAAAAAGAGAAGGAAAACCGAAAGCUACAGUUGGACCUUAACCAAGAGAAAGAAAAAUUCAAUCAGAUGGUAGUAAAAUACCAAAAGGAGCUCAAUGAAAUGCAGGCGCAACUAGCAGAAGAGUCUACAUAUAGGAAUGAGCUUCAGAUGCAGCUGGAUAGUAAAGAAAGUGAUAUAGAACAAUUGCGUAGCAAAAUUUUGGACCUCCAGCAAGGAAUGGACUCUACUAGUGUUGCAAGCCUCCAGGCAGAUGAAACUGAUGGAAAUGUUUCAGAGUCGAGACUAGAGGGUUGGCUUUCGGUACCAAACAAGGGAAACAUAAAGCGACAUGGCUGGAAGAAGCAGUACGUUGUAGUAAGCAGUAAAAAGAUUUUGUUCUAUAAUGAUGAAAAGGACAAGGACCAGUCCAAUCCAUCCAUGGUACUAGAUAUAGAUAAACUCUUCCAUGUCCGACCUGUAACACAAGGAGAUGUAUAUAGAGCAGAAACUGAGGAAAUCCCUAAAAUAUUCCAGAUUUUGUACGCUAAUGAGGGUGAAUGCAGGAAAGAAUUGGAAGUAGAAUCAACGCAGCCAGCAGAAAAGACAAAUUUUCUAAAUCACAAAGGUCAUGAAUUUAUUCCUACAUUAUACCACUUUCCAGCCAACUGUGAGGCCUGUGCCAAACCCCUCUGGCAUGUUUUUAAGCCCCCUCCUGCACUGGAAUGUCGAAGAUGCCAUGUUAAGUGCCAUAAAGACCACUUAGAUAAAAAGGAGGAAUUAAUUGCUCCAUGCAAAGUGAGUUACGAUGUAACUUCAGCAAGGGAUAUGUUGCUAUUGGCAUCCUGUCAGGAUGACCAGAAGAAGUGGGUAAAUCAUUUAGUAAAGAAAAUCCCCAAGACACCACCAGCCAGUUUUGUCCGUUCUUCCCCUAGAACUAUGUCUGCAAGAUCCUCAGCAAAUCAGUCAUUCCGAAAAGCUGUUAAAAAUACUUCUGGAAAAACUAGGUCAAAGGAGUGUGGAUCUGUGGGGGAGAUUACCCAUUCAGAGAACUCCAGUUACUGCUAACCACCUGUACAGUACUUAAUGAAACUUCAUGGAAUGCAGUCUGAAAAACAGGACUCUUUUAAACACACCAAGCAGUGCAGAGAGGCUGUUUGUUCCUUUCAACACAACUAUCACAGGCUUCAGGGUUAAGAUUGCUGUUACUGUCUCCUUGCUUCGGCACAAAAAGCACGCUGAGGGUGUUUUAUUGCGGGUUUGCCUAAAGAUAGAUUAGAUUAAUUAUUACUAUGUAAUGCAAGUUAAAGCAAAUAAAGCUUAGCUAGGUGUAUGAAAAAGGUGCUGCCUUUUUGGAUUUCUAAAAAUGCCUAUCAAUCAUAAUAAAAUGCAGUCUGCUUUCCUUGUAUCAACAACAACAAAAAAAAGAACUAUACCCUGUGGAGGGGAUAUUUAUAUCAAAAUGAGCACAUAAACUUGAGUAGAGAAGAAAAAUAUCUCAAAAUGAGAUGGACUGAAAUUUCUUUGACUCAAAAGUUGUGCUUUCAAAGACUGCAUAUCAAGUUUAAAAAUGAAGCUGUAUAAUCACUUGAACUUCAGUGCCUUCACUGCGGAGUUCUUAACAGCCUUAAUGCUAAUCGCCCAUAAUGGAACAGAUCAAAGUGUUAAAUAUUUUGCAUUAUGCUUUAUAAAAUACUGAUUCAGCAAGUUUGUAAAGGGCGGGUGGGGAGGGUAACAGAUAAUUGCAUUUAAUCUAUGCAUUUUUGCCAAGCCAUACUGAAUUAUUUUAGUAUUAGAAACUAACAGUACAAAAAAACCAAGUUUGGAAGCAUAUUUUGGGGUACAUUCAUUUCUAUAAUUGUGUAAUGUAUUGCCUUUACAAUUUUAAGUGAUAACAUAUAUUAAGUUAACAAACAUUUAAGAAAUGUAUGCACUGUUUGAAAUGUAAAUUAUUCAUAGAACACUUUUAAUGGGUGUUGCGUUGUCCUUUUAGUGCCUUAAUUUGAGAUAAUUGUAUUAUUGCCAUGUCGAUAAGUGUAGAAUCUCAACAAUUUAUUAUGCAUCAGUGGUUUUUACUGAACUUUAAUUGGUUAAAGUAUUGUAGAUGCUAGAUGCAUUUCCUAAAUUGAAUAUAAUCUUUGAAUGAAAACUCCUGUUACAAAGAAAGAUUUCUCAUUUAAAAAGCAAGAGGUCUGCAGAAAAUGUAGGCAAAAAUAUGCAACACAGCAACAAAAUAGUACACAUAUGGCCCUUUAAAAACUCCACUGAUAAUUCAGGAAUUACAGUAUAAGUGCCGUCAAACACUUGCUUUGUAGCAGGAAUACAUUCAUGGUAUGAGCAGUAUGGUUUUAUUUUUAUUUUAUUUUUUAACCAAAUACCUCCUCAGUAAUUUAUAAUGGCUUUGCAGUUGUGUAUUAAAUAAGCACUGGAAAACUGAUUCGUCCUCAGGACGAUUUGCAUGUUUCAAGUGGUAUUGAAAGCCGCACUGAUGGAUAUGUAAUAAUAAACAUAUCUGUUAUUAA